CGUCACAUGACGCUUGGCUGGUGCUAGGCUGUGGCUGUGCGAGUGGAGGGGCAGCAGCCAGACCCACAGGGUGUCUAGACUGGCGGUGCAAAGGGACAUUGCAGACGGGAGGGGGCGUGGCCGUGGCCUCUGGCGGCGCUGAUUUGCCGGCGGUGGGCGCGGUCAAAUAGCACCAGACUAUAAAUCGUUGGGCGGGAGGGGGCGCAGAGACGCGACAGCCCAAACCCGAGGCAGGUGUAGGACGGGUGCCGCGUAGCAGCGCUGAGUUGCGCGUUCUCAGCCCGGCGGAGCUAUGUCUGAUCCAGCUCAACAAUCUGCUCUUGGGGCCCCAGAAGGGGGUGCUCUUGGUGGGGGUCCCCCUGGGCCUUCCCCCAACUUGACUAGUAACCUUCGGCUGCAGCAGUCCCAGGCCCAGAUGGAGGAGGUGGUGAGCAUAAUGAGUGUGAAUGUGGAGAAAGUGCUGGAUCGAGACAUAAGGCUGACCGAGAUGGAUGGCAAGGCAGAGGCACUUGAGGCUGGUGCCUCAGUGUUUAAAACUAGUGCAGGAAAGCUAAAGAGGAAGUACUGGUGGAAGAACUGUAAGAUGAUGAUCAUGCUUGGAGUGAUCUGUGCCAUUGUGAUGGUGGCGAUUGUACUUUACUUCUGUACUUGAGAAUGUGGCCCCUCAGUCUGCAGUCCACCUUCCCCUCUUCCUGUCUCCUUCCUUGCCCAUGCUCCCCGCUCCAUGUGGCUGCUUCAUCUUCAGUUCUUUAGCUGGUUUUGUUUGUCUUCUGUGUAAGAUUCUGAAGCAACUCUCCUGGACCUAGGUUUAACCUCUUCAAAACCUGCUGCAGCCCCAGGGAGGGCCAGCUCAGUUAAGGGGGAAGGGAAGAUGUUGCUCCCAUUCUUAUGUUUGAGGGUUUUUUUUAAGUCUGAAUUUGAGUGAGGCAUGGCUUAAAUGUCACCUUCAUCACAGCUGUACCUAAAGGGUGUACUUCAGCAAUGUGAGUUUUCUCAAAGCAGUUCCCUGGCUGUGAUGAGCAUAGAGAGCAGGAGGACGACUCCAAUAUGAAAUUGAUUAGAGUAGUGCCUCAACUCAGAGGAGAGCAUCUGGCCUCAGCUCUUAUGGAGUUUCCCUUUAACUGCUGAAGUCUAAACUAGUAUAUGCUGGUCACUUAGCCUUCAGCUCCCCACAAAUAGUGAUGGGUUGUGCCUUGCUCAUGAUGUGGCAGCUCUCGGCAUUAUAGGAAUGCAAGAGGAAGGGUUGGUGAUCCUUUUGCCUACACUGCAAGGACAACAGCAGUGGUUAUGUUGGGGGCUGGUAUUCCUGUAACUGGUACAGACUUGUCAGGAUGUCACCCUGGUUAGCUACUGGCAUGCCCCUUACUCUGAGGAAGUCCAGGGCAUGGAGGGAACAGGACUGGUAGAGGGAGUGAGGGAAUUCUGGAUUUUUCUUGCUUCAUCAAGCUGUGUGCCUCUUUCUGUUGUGUGAAGGGAGACAUGGGUUGGGGGGGUCCCAGGUGUGGGGUGUCUCUGUUGCUUAAAUAGUCAGCUGGGUAACUGCAUCCUGUGUGUAUUUCUGGGCAAGUCCCCAUCUUCUGCUUUGUUCUUUCUCCAAGGCUUCAGUCUCUCAAGCAGUGACAAAAAAAUGGUAGUAAAGUAGAGUUCUGCUCUGAGAAAGAGUUCGACAUUUUUCCAAAGCUCUGUAUUAGGCAACUCUUGGAUCUCAGCAAAUCUGCCUGGUUCACAAGAUUAAAACUUUUUCUGUUAAUGCUACAAACUUUAGUUUAGACUUUUGAGUCCAGACUGAACUCUCUCCAAGGUUUAUCUAGUCCAGCUCUGGGGAGUUGAGCGCAUGAAACGGUAUAACCUUCUGUGGGUAAGUCACUUCUCUUGUGCCUCCAUUUUCCCAUCUGUGAAAAGAGCUACACUGCUCCUCUGAGUCCUUGAAGUGUUGUGGUGAAUUCUGUGGAUGAAAUGAGCUGCACAGUUUGUGUGUAAAUCCCUACAGAACCUCUUGUGAGUAGUUUGUUCUCAAACAGAACCACUGAGGGAAGAGUGUAGGGAGAGGGAGCAAUGCUCCCUGUAUUCUGCACCGAAAGGCUUCCUCAAUUCAGGGAGCCCUGGCUAUGAAUUAGAAUGCACUGGGACUUGUGAGCAGGGGCCAAUGAUGCUGGGAAGAGGGUUGCCAUCUGUGGGGGUUCAUGAGUGUAAGGUAGAUGGAAUGCCGGUAAAGGAAGAAAAGACUCUGUUGCAAUAGGAUAUUCUGGGAAGGGUAUGGGUUUUGCUUGCUCACCUCCAUGAACCAGCAUUUCAUUUACACCGAGUCCCUGUAAUUGCCCAUCCCUCCCCAUCUUGAGGAAGGCAAAACUGAAGAUCUGGAGUGAAGUGGUCCUUGUUGUCUGAGUGCUUCCUACUAUCCUCUGUCGAAUUGAGCUGUGGAGAUGGAUGGACAGAAGUACAUCUGCCGAAGAGGAGCUAGGGCCUGAUUGUGCUGAUGCCAUAACUUGGGAGGAGGGCAAGCAAGAUGAUGCAGGGCUCCCAAGCCAGCAGGUAUUGCUCAAACUUUCCUGGACAAGCCCUCCCCCAUCCCUCUUGUUCCUCUGGCGCUGAGGCCUCUGGGCUGUUUCUUCCAUUUAUCUUUCUGUUGGGUUUUUUAUGCCCCUCUUUCUGGUUCAUGUGGGGGCAAAAAAUAUUCCCCCGUCCCUGUUGUUCCGAGCCCAAAGCAAGGAACUUCCUUCCCUGUCCAUAUGGCUUCAGUGGGUGUUUCACAUGUGUGGUGUGACUUUUCUCUAUAAACGCAACUGUAACCUUCUCCUUGGGCAUAUAUAGCACCCAGCUCAUGUACUUUGAACUCUCUGCUAAUAAACACAGUUCUACUCCCUUGC